AUGGGAGUCUUCACCUGUAAUCAGAAGCAGUCCAGUCCAGUAACUGGCUUACUAUUCUGCAUCCAUCCGAACUACUACCACCAAGUGCUGGUCUUUAUGUUUGCCAUGAAUGAGAUCAACCAGAAUGUCCACCUACUACCCAACAAGACACUGUCUCCCAUCUUUGGUCACAAUUAUGAGAAUGAAAUGGGAGACUGUGGCGGAACUAUGUAUCUCCUUUUCCUGAAACAGGGAAGCCCUCUUAACUAUAUUUGUGGCAAGGCAUACAAGCUGAUGACCAUCGUUGGUGGGCUCACCUCUCAUAACUCCAAGCAGAUGCCCCACAUCUUGAAUACUUACAAGAUGCCACAGCUCAGUUAUGCUUCCUUUGACCCUGCAUUGAGUGACAAAGUACAGUUCCCUUCCGUCUAUCGGAUGAUCCCCAGUGAAAGUCCUCAGUAUGUUGGGAUUAUUCAGCUCCUUCAGCAUUUUGGGUGGACCUGGAUUGGCCUUGUUGUUUCUGAUGAUGACACUGGAGAAAUAUUAUUGAGGACUCUCAUUCCUCGGAUGCACCAGAGCAAUAUUUGUACUGCUUUUAAGGAGAUUAUUCCAACAGUGAAGAAUUUAUGGGAUAAAACGAUUGAAACUCAAAGGCUUUUGGAAGCAAUAAGUUCAGUUCUCUCAUCAACCAAAACUGAAGUGAUUCUUGCCCAUGGAGUUUCACGGUCUAUGGUGGGUUUGCAAAGGAUUCUGAUAUUACAAGAAAGGGAAAUGAAGCCAAUAGAGAGAGUUUGGAUCGUAACAGCUCAGUGGGAUUUUUCAUCUGUAUAUGAUAGAGGUGCAUUUGCACUAAAAUCAUUCAAUGGCACCUUGUCCUUCACACUACACACUCAUGAUAUGGGGGAGUAUGAAGAGUUCCUUCGGACUUUAAAUCCUAAUCGGUCUAGGCUUUAUCUCAUCCAUUGGUUCUGGUCCAAUGUAUUUAGGUGUUCAUUCCCCAAAUAUAAUUUUUAUCAGAUGGAAGGAGGUAUUUGUACUGGGGAAGAGGACUUGGGGAGCCUCUCUGAAAUAGUAUUUGAAAUGAGAAUGUCUGGUCAGAGCUACAGUAUCUACAAUGCAGUUUACUCUGUAGCACAUGCUCUCCAUGCCAUGUUUUCAUCAAGAUCUAAGCAGAAGGCAAUGGGAGAUGGAAGUGCAUCGAACCUUUUGAAUGUGUACCCAUGGCAGCUUCAUUCCUUCCUGAAAAACGUCCGAUUCAACAACACUGCUGGGGAAGAAAUAUAUUUUGAUAAAAAUGGAGAAUUGGCAGCUGGAUAUGAUAUCACCAACACAGUCACAUUCCCCAAUCGGUCCCUCCGUAGAGUCCGUGUUGGAAAGAUAGACCCACAAGCUCCUGAAGGGAAAAUGUUCUCCAUUAAUGGAAGUGCUAUUGUGUGGAAUCACAAGUAUAACCAGAGCCUACCCCAAGCCACAUGUGUUGAGAGUUGUCAACCUGGACACAGCAGGAUCUUGCAACAGGGGAAACAGAUUUGCUGUUAUGAUUGUCCUCAAUGUUCUGAAGGAAUGAUUUCAAACAAGACAGAUGCAGACCAUUGUAAGAAGUGCCCUGAGGAUCAGCAUCCAAACAAGAACCACGACCACUGCAUCUCUAAACAAAUUGUCUACCUAUCCUAUGGAGAGCCCUUGGGAAUAAUUCUGACUUCAUUUGCUCUGUUCCUUUCUCUGAUCACACUAGUGGUGAUGUGGAUCUUCGUUCAAAACCAGGAGACUCCCAUUGUCAAGGCCAACAACUGGAACAUCACCUGCACCCUCCUCAUUUCCCUAUUGCUUUGCUUUCUCUGCUCCUUCCUAUUCAUUGGAAAGCCUGGGAAGAUAACCUGCCUUCUCCGUCAAACAGUGUUUGGGAUUGUCUUUUCCCUGGCAGUUUCUUGCAUGUUGGCAAAAACCAUCACUGUGGUUCUGGCCUUCAUGGCCACCAAGCCAGGAAACAGGAUGAGGAAAUGGGUGGGGAAGAGGCUGGCAGUCUCAGCCAUCAUUCUCUGCUCCUUUAUUCAAACUGGCAUCUGUGCAGUGUGGUUGGCAACCUCUCCCCCCUUCCCAGAGUUUGACAUGCACUCCCAGAUUACUCAGAUCAUUGUUCAAUGCAAUGAAGGAUCAGCCCUCAUGUUUUACACUGUCCUGGGCUACAUGGGUCUUCUGGCCACCAUCUGCUUCACUGUAGCCUUCUUUGCUAGGAAGUUGCCUGAUACUUUCAAUGAAGCCAAGCUCAUCACCUUCAGCAUGUUAGUAUUCUGCAGCGUUUGGAUAUCUUUUGUCCCCACCUACCUGAGCACAAAGGGGAAAUAUAUGGUGGCUGUGGAGAUCUUCUCCAUUUUGGCCUCUAGCGCUGGGUUGCUGGGUUGCAUCUUCUUCCCCAAAUUUUAUAUUAUUGUUCUGAGACCUGAGCUGAACACCAGGGAUCAGCUCAUAAGGAAAAAGAAUGAUAACAUCUGA